AUGACGGGCCCUCCGCCAUACAACGCCCAGUCCCCGACUCAGCAGCAGCGGUAUCCGGCCUACACAUCUCCGAAUAAGAACCAUCCGUAUUACCCGAGCAAUGAACAACCGCAGCCGCCGCAAUACCACCAGCAUCCUCCGCAGACCCCACCCGCAUUUGGCCCAUCCUCCGUCGCGCGAAGUCCGCACUUUUCGCACGCGUCUCCAAUGCCCUCUACAUUGCCGCCGCCCUUGAAUGGGAGUGCGCCACCUCACCCAUCCCACCCGGAGUCUUCGCAAUACCAGGGACAUGCGGCAGCCAGUUCUCAGCUACCACUUCCACGCCCUUACUCCAGCUCUGUGAUCACGGGCAACGGUGCCGCGCCGUACGGAUCUGCGACACCCCAUGGCCAUCCGCCCAGCCGCCCAGAAGGCCAUUCGCAAUCUCCUACCAGGGAGUCCGAAUCUCCAUAUCGGAUGCGAGGCAAUGGUGUUGGAUAUGGACCUCCGAUGAUGCGUGAGCCAAGACCGGUCUCGCCGCAAGAAGCUAAGCCCGCCAGAGCCGCAGACCCCAUGUCGUUCGCCAGUAUUCUUUCAGGCCCGUCCGACGAGCAGCCUGUAAGAAAACCAUCGCCUCUCCCGGCCCCCAGCUCCACCCACACGCCGCAUGCUCCGCCUGUCUUUACACACCGACACCUGGACAACAGCUCUACACCUGUAACUAUGCAUCACAAACACGAGAAUCGAUUGGACUUUGAUAAACGCAUCGAUGGCCCGAGAGCACCGCAGCCCACCAAUGGGUUUGUCAAACCGGCUGCGGAAUACCCUGCGCCCAUUCCUCGUGCACCUCUUCGGAAACCAUUCCCACCUGGUGUGGACCUGGAUCAGGUCAACCGGGCUGCGGCCGAGAUCGACCAAGCCGAAAAGAGCGAUAUUGAAGAUCCUGCCUUUGACGCGGAACAGGAACGGUAUCGGGAGAAAGGCUACAAACGGUCGGUGGAAAGCAGCCGCGCGGAGGAAGUACGACGAAAGCGUCGCCGCAACGAGUUCCUCAUCGAUCUAGGUAGAUCCUUCGAAAAACAAGCCAUUCUCGGCACCGAGAGAUUCCGACUGCUCAACGAGGGUGCCGUCAUGGCCGAAGUUCAACAAAAGGAGAUCCAGGAUGAAAAGGAACGGAAGAAAGACAUGCAGCGCAAGCGCCGUCGUGAGAACACUGUGCGCCAAGAAAUGCAAAAGAAGCUGGAGGCUGAGCGCAAGGCAAGCAAGGCCCAGGAACCUGGAGAAAGAGCCAAGUUCCUGCGCGAAGCCGAGCGGGCUCAGAAGAAAAUCCGCACCACCAAGCGCGCCCUGGAGGGUGCUGAUGGCCAGGAUGAGCUCGGUGAGGUCACCCCGCUCGCUCCCAACCUCGAAGGCGGAACGACGAGUCAAUUCCACAUCGGCCGUUCCUCGCCCAGCCGACGCAGGUCAGGCCGCGCCGGUCCUGUCACUCGUCCCAAGAAGUCCAAGGAGCAGAAGCAGGCCGAGAAGGAUCUUGCUGAGGCAGCUUGGAAUGCUGGGUUGGACGACGAACUGUAUCUCACCCCAAGCACGAGAAAGGAUGCCCGACGUUCAAAGGAGGGUACUCCCAUGUCGCAGCUACAUUACGACAGCAAGGGCUACAACCAGAUCUACGAACAGAUCUGGCGCGAUAUCGCGCGCAAGGAUAUUCCAAAGGUCUAUCGCAUCAAAACUACCUCCCUCUCCACUCGCCAGGAGAAUUUGCGUAAGACGGCUCAGCUGGCCAGCAAGCAGUCUCGCAAGUGGCAGGAGCGCACGAACAAGAGCACCAAGGAUACUCAAGCUCGUGCUAAGAGGACAAUGCGUGAAAUGAUGUCUUUCUGGAAGCGCAACGAGCGCGAGGAACGCGACUUGCGCCGUGUGGCUGAGAAGCAAGAGCUUGAAUCAGCCAAGAAGGCAGAGGCGGACCGCGAAGCUAACCGACAGAAGCGCAAGCUCAACUUCCUUAUCUCGCAAACAGAGCUGUACUCUCACUUCAUCGGGCGCAAGAUCAAGACCGACGAAGCCCAAGGAGAUGGCGCUGUUACUGCCACCGGCGAGACGGUUCAACCAGGCAAGCCAAAUGCCCAUACAGUCAAUCUUCCAGACAGUGUGGCCAACCCCAACGCCAAGACUACCGCAUUCGAGGAUCUCGACUUCGAUGCUGAAGAUGAAACCGCGCUGCAGCAAGCUGCAAUGGCUAAUGCACAAAACGCUGUGCAGGAAGCCCAGGACCGUGCCCGUGCCUUCAACCAAGGUGGUGAUAAUAUGGCUGCGUUCGACGACGGAGAGAUGAACUUCCAAAACCCGACUAGUCUGGGUGACAUUGAGAUUUCCCAGCCGACCAUGUUGAAUGCUCAGCUGAAAGAGUACCAGCUCAAAGGUCUUAACUGGCUUGUCAACUUGUAUGAGCAGGGCAUCAACGGUAUCCUGGCAGAUGAGAUGGGUCUCGGUAAAACCAUCCAGUCCAUUUCUGUUAUGGCUUACUUGGCUGAGGUCCAUAACAUCUGGGGUCCUUUCCUGGUCAUCGCGCCAGCAUCCACACUGCACAACUGGCAGCAGGAGAUUACCAAGUUCGUCCCGAACAUCAAGGUGCUUCCCUACUGGGGUAAUGCUAAGGACCCUUGUCGUUCUUGA